UGGAUGUAGGUUAAUUUGUUUAGUACACUAGCGACCCGUCCCCGCUUCAAUCGGGUAAAACCAUAAUAAAUUGUAAAUCGAAACCUUCCUCAUUAAUUAUUCUAUCUAUUGGUGAAAACCACUUAAAAAUCCGUGCAAUAAUAAACAGAAAGAGGACUUUGUUUUAUGAUGUAGUGAUAGUGAUUCUUGGCAACGUUUGUGAAACACAAGUGCCUUGUUCAGCUGUAUAGUGAACUUAUGGUGGAAUUUGACUUCUGAGAUAGAAAUAGAUAAUAACUACGCAGGAGCAUAUUUUAUGUUUUUCUUUCAGACUGCUGUGUCAGUUAACUUCCUCUUUUUAUUGAAAUCGGUCAAUAAAUUUGUACGUCGUGCAGUAAACUAAAACAAUAUUAAAUAUAUAUAUACGAACUAUUUUAUAAUUCCACAUUAUACCUACCUGUAUUGGCGACAUUUCUUGUCAUUGUCAAUCCUAGUGUCUUCAAUGUUGUUGUAAAUAAUCUUUCUUCUUCCUUAAUAUUUGCUAUGAAAAGGAGAGAUUUAUACAAUCACAUGGAUCGGAAUCACACUGGUCUUAACGGCAAUUAUCAAAACCCACACCGGACCAAUAUAGUGAAUCCAGAGUUUCUCUUGGGGCAACUCUGGAUACAAGAGCAAGAAAGCAAUGGAGUCAAAAUAAUAGAGUUAGAUUCCAACUCUUCAAAUAAUGACCUACAAGAUGAAAACAAACAGACACUCCACAGCCACGCGUGGAGCUACAUCAACCAGGAGCAGUUCAGGAUACCGCCAUCUCCUCGUGGUCUAGAAGUCAACUACAAGGCUAGGGAAAAACAUCGACAGAAUAAACCGUGGUAUAAACAGGAGAUAGCCUCACCUGGAAACGAAGAAAACGCUGAAUGUCGAGUCAAGGACUUCUUUUACCCCAAUUAUCAAGACCCUGCGAACGCUGCAAAUGAAGACUAUAAUUUUCAUCAAAAUGCCAAUUGUUUUACUAACAUGACUUCGUAUCCAAAAACAUCAGACUCAUCGACCGAUGUCGAAUACAUAGAUCGUGACGAUUUGAAAGCGGAGAUGGUAUGGAACGCUGCUAAGGAAAAAAACUACGAUGAAAUUCUAACCUAUGAUUCCAAUUUAGAUGCCGAUAAACGUACUAUUUACAUUUACUCGUUUAAAAACAAACACCUUUUCACAGAAAACGAUGGCACAAAUAUUUCUAACGGUAGUUCAUCAAGCACAGAUGCAGCGGAAGAACAGCUAGAUGACAAAAGUAAUGGAAGAGUGCCUUCUCCAAUUCCGGAUGCCUACGUACCUAAAUUAAAUUUAUUAAAACGUCCGAACUUACCCACGGUUACUGAGAUAACAGAGCCCAAGAGUUCUCAAGAAAUAUUUAAAACAAAAAUGCCGAAUGGAUGGUUUCAAAAUAAUUAUUCAAGGAACCAGAUUACAGAAUGUAGCUCAGCGAACUUGAUUGACUGGAUGUCACUAUCACCCAGAGAGAAACGGCGGCGAAGUACGUUCUGUGAAAACUGCAGGCACCAGGCGAAGCUUCAGGUAGUCAGAGAAACUAGUCCCAUCGCUGAAGAUGCCCAGAUUGCGAAAAACAUCGUCAAAUCAAACUCACCAUUUCUCGGCGAUACCACGAAAAUUGAUUACUUGAAUCUCCAAACGGACAAAAGAACCCAGUUUUUUAAUGAUUCUAAAGAAAAGUGUAUCGUAAGCGAAGAUAGAGGAGACCAUUUACACAAUAAAUCGUUGCAAAAACUAAAAAUUGAAAUAAACCCGAAAACUUCCAAUGAGCCAAUUAAAAUAACAGAGCCAAUUGAGAAACUGGACAGUAAUAACUGGAUCGGUAACGAAACCAUAGUAACCAGAGAGAAGAGCACGCACAAGUUUCUGGAUAUUGAUGCGAUAGAGAAGGCAUCUACGGUCGAAGGAGAUGUCAGUAGAAGAUUAUGGGACAACAAUAUGGUACUUUUGCAGCCAUCCGAAUGGUCGGCAUUCUACCCAGUAAACAGUGUCCCCUCCUUGCAUUUAUCUCUAGAGACUGAAAUAGAAGAAGUGCCGUGGUUCAAGCGCAUAAUACGAUGCUUGAAAUGUUUCAAAUAAGGCUUUCUUUUAUAACUACUUCAAGCCCAAUAAUAGUAGUUUGUGUUUCUUACCAUCGCAGCUACUCGUACCAAACAACGGAACUAAAUAUACCUAUAACAUCAUUGUUGUUUUUCUAAAGCUCGUCCAUUUUGUUAAAAUUUUAAGCGUUUGAAAUUGUUGUAUGUAAAAUCUAGAAUUACCCUAUACGUAUUAUCCUAUACGUAUUUAAGCCGCCUUAUCAAGUACAAUACAGACUGCGUGUCAAGUUACCCUGCGUGACUUGUAUACCACGGAUAUAGCGGAAAAUAAGCUUGAUAUGGCUAUAUGUAGGUAUACAAAUAUUUCGUUUCGUUGGAU